AUGAUCUACAACAAUCAUUGUUCCAAAAUCAUUUUCCUCGUUGCAGCGCUUCUUGGUUCCCAUGUAGCGGCUCAUCCAGGCGAUCACCAUGCGGACAUAUCCCAUCUGGAGAAAGAACACAUCUUCCACAAGCGUACAGCUGCAGUCGGAGCUGCAAAGAUGAGCCGAUGUGCAAGUGAUUGUGCAACCAUACAGAAGCAAGCCAUUGAGCGUCGCGCUUCAACCUUGGAGCGCUUGCGACAGGAACGAUCCUUGACUUCUGAUACCCACUUGAUUCGUCGUAACAAGGCAGAGGUCGCCUAUUAUGAUACACUGGACCACAACAUGACGACAGUACUUCGGUCGACAUCGUACGAGGAUCUGUUUGGCACGGACGUGUCCUCCAUUCUAGGCCGCGCCGAGACCAUUGGGCCUUACUACGUCGAGGGCGAACUCAUACGCAGUAACAUUACCGAGGACCAGGUUGGCAUCCCCAUGCAUCUGGAACUACAGUUUGUCGACGUCAACACAUGCAAGCCCGUCCCUGCCCUGUUUAUCGACAUCUGGGGCGCCAAUGCAACGGGUGGCUAUGCCGGCGCUGAAUCGCCGGCUGGAUAUUAUGGCAUGGGUGGUCUCAACACCACCUUUCUACGUGGCAUCCAAAUCACCGACGAACAUGGAGUCGUCAGCUUUGAUCAAAUCAUUCCCGGCCAUUAUUAUCCUCGUGCGACGCAUACACAUAUUGUAGCCUGGGGCAAUGCCACCACGUUUGCCAACGGAACUAUUGCCGGCGGUCUUGCAACAGAUGACACGUUUGUCCGCUACAUUGGACAACUGUAUUAUGAACAGAAACUGCGUGACGCUGUGGAUCCAAUCUGGCCGUACAACACCAACGAGGACACGGCAAACUUCAAGAACGUAGACGACUACAUCUUGGCCGAGAACAAGACCGUCAAUGGCAACACCGUCGGAGAUUUGGGAGCCUAUGACCCCUUUGUCAAGUACAUCUACAUGGGCAGCGAUCUGGCCGACGGUAUCUUUGCUUGGCACUCCAUUGGCAUCGAUAUGACUGACAAUUUCAAUGCCGGCUUCGUUGCCGCCGCCAAGUAUGAAGAAGAUGGAGGCAGGGCCUUGAAUGAAUGGGGUGAUGGUUCAGUUGAACCGUACCCUGCUGUUCUGCCUCCGAAGGGCAACACGACAUCAUCGGCGAGUACUUCGUAA